CUGAACUCCGAUCGCUACAAGGCCAAUAGCUGGCAAAAGUACCAGCAGUACUUUGACCUUAUGCAGCGUAAGAUGACGCAAUACUUUAUCGUUGCAGAGAACACAUACAAUAUGGAUGAAAAAGGCCUCGCUAUUGGGAAGAUCUUCGAGUCAAAACGCAGUUUCUCCAAG